AUGUCAGACCGUGAGGCCACUAGAAAGUCUACUAACCGGGUUAUCCGCCGACGUCGCAAAUGUCUUGCCUGCGACGCUUGCUCCAAGAGAAAGCAACAGCAUCUCAUUCCAAAUCCUGUUAUUCCCUCACCCGCGGGUGCUUCUCAUAGCAGUCCAGAUUUGGCGCGGAAUCCGGAGGUUGCACACACAGAGACUCCCGAUCCUAACCUGCACUUUCCAGGACUGGCCUUGAGGAAUAUCUGUGUGUUCAAUGGCUUGCCCUUCUUUUCCUCGGGGGGUCGACAGUGGAUCAAGGCACAGACAGGCGAAGACGUGAAUCUGAACCAAUAUCAACCCCUGAGGCGGAUCUCGUCGCUUCGUCCCACGGCCACUCGUACCAUACACCUGCCAAGUGAACGCCUUCUUCUUAAACGCUUCGAGGAGUAUAAGUCGUCGGUCUUUUCUCAGAUAUUCCCCUUCAUUAACCCGCAUUUUUUCGAGGACACAGUUCGGGCGGCUUAUCGAGAGCAAUCUCCUUUAAAUUAUAGCAAUGAUAGCGCCAAAGCAUGUAUCUUUGCAUUCAUGGCAGUUACUGCUAUGUUCUUUAAUUCUGCAGAAAAUCAUGAGACUGACGACUCGGAUUAUUAUGCCUACGCUGCUUAUGAUUUAAUACCAGGGUUCUUUCGGGACUCCAUAACAGUAGAAGGGCUACAGGCAUUACUUAUGCUGUGCCUCUACAGUCAAUCUGUCCUAGGCGACCAGUUGGGUGUGGAACUAUUGUUUGCAACUGCAACCCGAUUUGUCUUCCACUUUGGCGGGCAUAUCUUCCCUAAAACCGUUGAUGUUGGUGAGGUCGGCCGCAGAUCUUUAGACCUGCGAUUGCAUAUCCGGAAUUUGUUCUGGCUCUGCUACAUAUUUAACCAAGAGUACAGCCUGCGGACGGGUCUUCCUCCUAGUCUUGACGAUGCACACUGUGAUCUCACACUUUGUGAAACCGCUACCACACAUGCUCAGAAUAUAGGGGUGUUAGGGUGUUCACCUCUCUUCAUCCCAUUCGCGCGCAUGGCGACCAUCCAAUCGCAGAUCUAUCGCAGACUUUACUCUGUCGUAGCUCGAAACAAAACGGAUGCUGAACUCCUGUCCACCAUUCGUGAUCUUGAUCAGCUUUUAGAAGACUGGAAGCUCUCAAUCCCCAUGAAUGUACGACCAUCCCUUACGCAUCGUCCAACGGGUGGUGAGGAUAUGCCAUCGUCUAUCUUUCAACUACAAUAUCAUUAUUGUAUGGCAACAAUCCAUCAAAUAAGUGACAGGGCGCUUAUCAUAUUUCUUUCUAGUUUCUGCCUUCCUUAUGUUACCGCCGCGAUGAUCCACCUCUUUUGUGAUAUCCUCCUCCACCCUCGUGAUAAGGCCUGUCAUGCUAGUCUUGAAUUAAUGGACAUGGCUCGGGACCGCAUGUUGGCACAGCUAUGGCCGCAGGCUCCUAGUUCUUUCAAGAUGCAGGUCCAGUUCGUGAAGGGCCUCAGUAUAGAAUUACAACGCCUUGCGCAAAGUGCAAUGCGGAAGGCGAGAGUCUGA